AUGUCGUCGCUAGCGUUUGUCAAUUCUCCGUAUCACCAGGAUUAUCCCGUUCCACCCUCACUCGCACAGUCGCCUCCUGAUCAACAGGACGACACCGUCUCUCCCCUACCGCCGCCGUAUGACUCCGCUGAUAUCCUACAAGGUUUCGAAAACAUGCGCAUAGGCGACCCGACCGUUCGCGGUAACAGUGCACCCUCAUUUCAUCCUGGAGAACCGCUCCCACGAGCAGGCACUUCUAUGUCUGUGCGUUCUGCUCAGUCGCCUCCGCGUCUAGCCAGUCACCAGCCGCUUCCGCUUCCUAUAUCACCCGAGCAAGCAGCACAACGUGCUGGUAUGAGGCGCUCUACCGACCCAGCCCUCGGUUUCGACGGGAGUUCCAUUCAUUCCGGAGGCAGUGGAAGCAGCGCAUACAAUAGUGCAUAUAGUGACGCGCCUGAGUAUGCGCCCUACGAUCGUUCCGUGGAGACAGAUGGCACAAGCUUAUAUUCAUUCGAUGAUCCUUCCCAUCGUGCCCUUGCUGACGGUUAUAUUCCUCGCGAGGAUACCGGGGCCUUUCCACCAGGCCGGAGUUAUACUCCUGCGAACUGGCAAGAUCAGCAAUCUUACGCUCAGCCUCCCGGGCGUACAGACUUCAACUCUUUUUAUGCUGCGGCGUCCGAUGUUCUGGGGAUGGGACCGCCACCCAGCGCUCCGCCUCCGGUUGCACAGCACGCUGUUGCAAGUCAUUCAUCGGCAGCUACCUAUUUCCAACCCCCACCCAACCAUUCGGCUCAAAAUCAUCUGUAUCGAAGCACUACCUCUCCUUCCCUAUCCCCGAGCUCUUCGGUUCCGUAUGCUGGUCCAUAUCAACAAGCCUUUCCGUCGAUGUACACCGGUGCAUCUCAGUCUUCUCUUUCACGCGGGCAACCCGUAGCUUCCCCACCUCCUAACAGCGAGGUGGAGAUUGAACCUAGGCCAUCCCUACAGCGCUCAGGUACUACAACGUCGGUUAACUUGCGGACCCAGAAGACUAAGGCAGUGGACCUGAGUGCACCUCCUUACACCAAGGAAUAUAUCGACCAAUACCGCCAGAGAGUGAGGGACGACCCUGAUCCAGAAGUGCAUUUCCUAUAUGCCAAAUAUCUAAUUGAUGCGGCGAAGAAGAUCGGCGCUGACGCAAAGGACCAGCGAGGCAUGAAGAAAUACCGAGAUACUUUGAUCGUAGAAUCUCUCAAAGUCAUGAGACGCCUAGCCACCCAAGGUCAAGCGUACGACGAGGCGCAGUUCUUUCUGGCGAACUGUCAUGGGACGGGCAUGUUGGGCCUUCAGGUCGAUCAUGAAAGAGCAUACCACCUCUAUCUGCAGGCAGCGAAACAAAACCACGCCGCUGCAUGUUAUCGAGUGGCCGUCUGCAAUGAAAUCGGCGCUGGAACGCGUAGGGAGCCGCAGCGCGCGUUGGCGUUCUAUCGCAAGGCCGCAUCGCUAGGCGACACUGCUGCCAUGUACAAGUUAGGUGUCAUACAGCUUCGUGGCUCCCUCGGUGAACAACCUAGUCCUCGUGAGGCUGUAGCGUGGCUGAAGCGUGCGGCUGAGCAAGCAGACGAGGAAAACCCGCACGCGCUGCAUGAAUUGGCGCUCCUCCACGAAGCAUCUAACUCGCAGAUUGUGCCUUAUGAUCCUGCAUACGCCAGAGACCUCUACACUCGUGCUGGACACCUCGGAUACACCCAUUCCCAGUACAAGCUCGGCCAAUGUUAUGAAUUUGGCGUUUUAACGUGUCCAGUAGAUCCUCGGCGGUCUAUUGCGUGGUACACCAAAGCCGCGGAAAAGGGCCAUUCAGAAGCAGAACUGGCUCUGAGCGGCUGGUAUCUGACUGGAAGCGAGGGUGUGCUGAAGCAGAGUGACUCUGAGGCUUAUCUGUGGGCGCGAAGGGCAGCGAACAAGGGUUUGAGCAAGGCAGAAUACGCUGUGGGGUAUUAUGCCGAGACUGGGAUCGGAAUAAAGCAAGACAUCGAGUUCUCCAAACGGUGGUAUAUGCGCGCUGCAGGCAAGUUCGAUCGUAACCUUUUCGGCCAGGUAACUGCACUUAUGGAUAUCCUUUUCUCUCAGCGCAAGGCAACAAAAGAGCAAUGA